AUGGCCACUUUAACAAUGUCACCAAAUUAUUCCAUCACACUCUAUGCCAUUAAAACAGCAGCGAGUAUGAUUCCUCAUAUUUUACUGCGCGAGAUGAAACUCAAGCAUGACAUUGUAUUUCUCGAUCAAUCCAAGAAUGAACAUAAAAGUGAAGAAUAUUUAAAGAUUAAUCCGAAUGGUGUUGUUCCGACGUUGGUGAUUAAAGAACAAGACCAUGAUGAUCUUGUGAUCUUUGAAACAAGUGCCAUUUGUUUAUACUUGACCGAUCGAUUUCCACAAUUGAAUUUGGCUCCACCAUUGAAUAGUAAAGAGAGAGCACAAUUUUAUCAGUGGAUGGCAUUACUAUCUACUGGCAUUCAACCAGACAUGAUUUUAUUUUAUUAUCCUCAUCGAUAUGUCAGCAGUGAAGAUCAAUAUGCUACUUUUAAAUUGGAGACUGAAAAGAGAAUUUAUGAGAAAUUCAAAAUAUUUGAUCGAAUUUUAUCAGAUGGAAGAACAUACUUGUUAGGUGAAGAGUUUUAUUGUGUGGAUAUUUAUUUAUUUAUCUUGUCUCGUUGGUCAAGAAAUUUUCAAGCUCAUAAGGCAAGAGAUUUACCUCAUUUAGGUCCAUAUUUGAGGAGAAUAUUUGAGAGAGAAUCGGUUCAACAAGUGUUGAAUAUUGAGGAAAUUAAAGAGCCAUACUUUUAA